AUGUCAUUCACGUCCAUCCCCAUUCUAGAUCUCGCCCUGGCCGGGAAUCCCGAGACAAAGCCGCAGUUCCUUGCAGAUCUUCGACAUGCGCUUCUGGAAGUCGGCUUCCUAUAUCUGAAGAAUGUCGGCAUUCCGGAGGACUUGUGGAACGAGGUCAUCUCACAGGGCAAGGCCUUUUUCGAUAUUCCCUUGGAAGAAAAACUCCGGAUAGAGAUGAAGAACGCUAACUCGUUCCUGGGCUACUCGCGGCUGUCGGCCGAGGUCACGGCCGGCGAGAUCGACCGGCGGGAGCAGAUCGACCUGUCGACGGAGCACCCGCUGCCGGGAGCCGGCGACCCGCUGUACUACAACCUGCGGGCGCCCAACCAGUGGCCGUCCGAGUCCGUGCUGCCCGGGUUCCGCGCCGCCUUCACCGACUACAUGGACCGCAUGGGCCGCAUGUCCAUCUACUUCACCUCGCUCAUCGCCGAGGCCAUCGGCCUGCCCGCCGCGGCGUUCGAGCGCUACUUUGACGAGGACCAGCAGCACAAGCUCAAGAUCGUCAAGUACCCGGACGUCGGGGAGCUCUACGGCUCCGGCGGCGGCGGCGGCGGCGCUGGGGGGGAGGAGGAGGAGGAGAAAGGGAGAGGGAGCAACCAGGGCGUGGGCCCGCACAAGGACAGCAUGUACACGUCGUACCUGCUGCAGGCGAGCCCCCACCGCGGCCUGCAGGUGCAGAACAUGCGCGGCGAGUGGAUCGACUGCCCGCCCGUCGACGGCACGGUCGUGGUGGCCGUGGGCCAGGGCCUCGAGGCGCUGACGCAGGGCGCGUGCGCGUCGACGACGCACCGCGUGCUGUCGCCCGCGGCCGGCGCCGGCGCGCGCUUCUCGAUCCCCUUCUUCCAGGGGUCGCGGCUCGACACGCGGUUCGGGGAGCUCGAGACGGUGGGCGUCGGCAGGGUGCCCGAGGAGGUGCGGGAGCUGCGGCGGCGGGUGCUCGAGGCCAACGGCGGCGGGCGGCUGGACGACGUCGAGUUCACCUUCUCGUCGGGCGGGGGGUCCGAGACGCUGGGCGAGGCGACGCUGCGGAACCGGGUCAAGAGCCACCCGGACGUGGGCGAGAGGUGGUAUCCUGACAUACUGGCGAGCAUCCGGGAGGAGCAGAGGCUGGCCAAGGCCAAGGCCGAAGAGGCGGCUGCGGCGAAGCAAGACGAUGUCGGCGUCCCUGCGGCGGCGCAGGCUGUCAAGGCGCAUUGA